CCCCGUGAUCGAUGCGGACAUUUUUUUAACGACUGCUUUCCUGUAGCCAGUUAUUACCAUCCUACCAUUGAAAUACAUUAAAAUUUAUUCUCCUUCAUACUUUUAUAUAAAAAAUAAAGAUUAUUAAGAAUUUAUUUCUUUGUUUGAUAUUUCAAAAUAGAACAACAGCAACUUUCAUCUAUUGUUGAAACUAAAAGAUCAUGUAAAAAUUUGAUGAAUAUUCUUCGAGUGUGUUGCAUUUUUGCAACUAUCGAAUUGAACAUUAACUUAAAGUGCGCAAUAGAACUUCAGGUGUAACAAAGUUAAAAGUAAAUAUAAAAUUUCUUUUACAGAAAUAAAAUUCAUAUGAAGAAUCUAGAGAAACAUUGUUAUAUGUAAUACAUUUUUGGAAAAUAUAUUUAGAUUUUAGUAAUAAAAUUAUUGUGUGAAUCGCAAUAUGGCGGACAGGAAGUAAUUGCUUCGAGAAAUAUUAUUAAAACAUACAAAAAAUAAGGACUUGUAGGUGUUUUGCUAGAUUAUAUACUUUAAUGAUUAAUGGUUCUAUUGAGCCAUCGAUGUCGUCACUUCCGUGUUCACGGCGUUGCCAAAUCGACCAUUGUUUCGUUCUCACGAAGCAAACCCUUCUGCGGUUAGUGUUGUGCCAGUGGGUCGUUUCGCGACGGUUAAAAUAGUUGUGUUGCGUCGCGAAGUGGAGAAUUAUGACAAAUACGAUAAAAAAUAAGAAGCGACUGCCUUGUGCAUUCGUUAAAUAACACGUAUACUAUUACGCAAGGUGAAGACCAGCCUGCCAACUAAACUUUAAAAGUAAAACCCACCGAGAUUUCUUGUUGAAAAAAUUAGCUGAUGUGAAUUGAACACACCUUGAAAUACAGAAAAUUGAAAGAGAUAAACAGUGAGAAAAAGAAAAUAUUAGUAAUAUGCAGCGGAUGUGCUUUAUAGAGAACAAAAACGAGGAGCAAUUCAAGCAGCUUGAGGUACCACGUGAGACUAACUUCGUAGAGGUGGCGACUGAGGAGACAUCAGACAUGAGGGGAACGAAACGAGACUGGAUUUUUAGAGUACAGGUGCGCAAGCUAGAAAAAAAUGAAGUUUUGUACGUGGUGGGUAAUUUACCUGAGUUGGGUGCUUGGAAUCACAAUCAAGCAAUUCAGAUGUCGCAAGAACAUGGCAGUCAAGAUUCUCCAAUGUUUUUCGAUGGUAAUGGUAGUAGAGAAUUCUAUAAUGAUGACGCAGGGGACAUGUUUCGUGAUGAUGAUAAUGAAGGAGGCCAAAUAUUUUCACAAAAGGUUUCGCUUCCCAUUGAUGCUGACAUAGAAUUCCGAUAUUUUGUUGCUGUGAUCUGUCAAUCUAAUGGUACUAAGAAUUCUGCCAAAACUCUUAUUAUUCGCAGAUGGGAAACAUACAUGAUACCUCGUCUUAUUAAGAAAAACAUACCCAGUAAUUUUACUCAAGACUCAUUGCCAGAUCCAGAUAAGUUUGGGUGCUACAAUGGUUACUGUAAAAUUGAACGGGGAUGGUUAACAGAUGAAACUGUGAUACAAUUUAAGCUAUUUGAUAAUCCAAUUAAGUUAUGGAAAAACCGAUUACAGAAUAGGAAACUUCACAUUAAAAUGACACCUGUAAAUCUAGUUAGACAUAAUUCCUUAGAGUUACAACAAUUUGGAGGGGAUUGUGUAGACGAUAGUCUUUCUAUGGAUACACAAGAUAUUAUUGAUCAACCUGCCUUUAGUAUUACAGAAAUCGCGGUAAUGAAUGAUGAAGAGGCCCGCUUCAAGAUUCAAGAACAAUUCGGCCGAGCUUAUAAUGAAGAUGACUUCAUUGUUUUCAAUGUUGCUGUUCGAUAUCCUGAAACUGUUGCAUACCUAGUGGACUACUACGUGUACAGCUCAAGGUGUUUCCCAGGAGAACCACCAAGUCAUAUCGGUUUUAGCUACAUCUUGCCUAGCACAUUGCAAUCUAGUGUUGGCCUCUUAACAGUACCAAUUACAAGUACAAAACACAGACCAAUUGGACAACUCACGGUGGAAUAUGUUGUAAUAAAAUCAAUUCCCGAUUAUCCAUGGGAUAUGAGUAUUUCAUAUGCGAAACAUUGGGAACAACGGUGGUCUGGCCUGGAUGUCGGACACAGAGGACUGGGUACAUCUUUUCAUACAAAAAAUUGCGCUAAUGUACGCGAAAACACAAUAGCUUCUUUGAAAACAGCAUCGUAUCACGGCGCUGAUAUGGUCGAAUUUGAUGUCCAAUUGUCUAAAGAUCAUAUACCUGUUAUUUACCAUGAUUUUUAUGUUUCUAUUUCUUUGAAACGUAAAAAGCAGAUAGAAGCUAUGGACAUGCUGGAAAUACCUGUUAAGGAUCUCACAUUGGAGCAGUUACAUUUAUUAAAGGAUUUUUAUUACCCGGGAGACUCGUUGGGUAAGGUGCUGUAUUUCGUUGAUAAAGCUGAACAGGGGGUUACCCAACUGGUUUAUCAUGUGGCUGAAGGUCGAGAAAAAAAUCCAAGAUUUUUCGAUGAGGAUUUAGAAGAUCACCAACCUUUUCCUACACUGAAAACCGCGUUACAAGAAUUAGAACAACACGUCGGGUUUAACAUCGAAAUUAAAUGGACUAUGCAAUUGAAGGAUGGCACCUUCGAACUUAACCAUCCCUUUGAUCUCAAUAUGUAUUUGGACAUAAUACUCAAAGUUGUGCUAGAAUAUGGAGGAAACAGAAAAAUUGUUUUCUCAUCUUUUAAUCCAGAUAUUUGUGCCAUGAUUCGUCUGAAACAAAACAAAUACCCGGUAGUAUUUUUAACACAAGGGAUCACCUCGAAAUAUCCUACUUAUCAUGAUCCGAGGUGUCAGACAAUUUCAAUGGCUGUUAGACAUGCAUUGGCUGCUGAUAUCUUAGGAAUUAAUGUCCAUACAGAAGAUAUUCUUAGGGAUCCAUCUCAAGUUAAAUUUGUAAAGGAUGCUGGAUUGAUCAUUUUUUGCUGGGGAGAUGAUAAUAAUGAUAAGGCUACAAUUCAACAUUUGAAGAAACUCGGAUUGCAUGCAGUCAUUUAUGACAAAAUUGAUGAGUAUAACGCAAAAGAAGUCAAGGAGAGCAUAUUCUUGGUUGAUGCUAGAGAAAAUCAGAAAGCCUUGAUUGCUUUAGCACAUUGCAAUCAAUCUUGUCCACCUCAACCUCAAAUAACUAAUUCCCUCAAUGCAGAAAAGGAUUACUACAUGGACGUCGAUAAAUCGCGAAACAUUAUUACAACCUCAUCGGGUACAACUUCGCUUGCAUCUUUUGGUAAGAAUACUAAUGGUGGCGAUAAUAUAUAUCCCAUGUCAACUGUUAAAUUACCAAGUACAUGUGACCAUCAGGAGAGCAAAGAGAUCAGUGAAGUGGCAAAAGAUUUUAGCAUUUGUGCGAAAUCUUUCGGCCAUUCGUCGAAAGCUAAAAGCAUAGUUCAUGGACAAACGGCUGCGAUAACCGAGAUUUACGAAGAGGAUGAGUCUGCAAAGGACUGUCUUUGAUGUUUCUCCUUUAAGAAGCCAUUUCUGUCUUGGUUUUAAUGCAGAAGAGAUUCUCUAGGAAAGGACCUAUCACAAACGGGAGAAGAAAAUGGAAAUAAGCCUUUUGUAAUUCAUAAAUUACUACAAUAUUUACAUGAAAGGAGUUAAAUAAUUUAAAAUUUCUGUACAGUCCUAGGAUCCGCAAAAUUGGAUCGUCUUACCGGCCAUUACUUAAAUUGUAUACUUACAUCCUGUAUAUAAUGCACAAAAAAGUUGAACGAUUGCAUAUUUCACAUCAUUUUAUCAUUCUUGUGAUCGAUCGACUUGAUUGUUCAUUUUAUAAUUACAUCUUGUUUAAAACUUUAUAUAAUGGCCUUUUCUUAAAAUAUUAAUUGAUUCUGAUGUUAAUUAUGAAAAAAGAUUUUAACUCCUGUUACUCUGCCUGUGGUAGGUAAAUAUUGAAGUUAUAAGUUUUUAGUACAAAUACCCUUAUAUUUUAAUUUAAUUUAUAAAAGUAUCACUGUUCUGUAUUCCUUGCUUAAAAAUUUGAAAAUUAAUUUAAGAAACAAAUUGACAGUGAAGCAACAUUAAAGAAAAAUGUAUGACAUUAUGAGUAUAUAUCUUUUUUUUAUAAAUUAUUCAGAAAAUAAACAGAAAAUAGGGAUUACCUUCAACAGCAUGAAACAUUGACAAAGCUGCAGGGUAACUAUUUUUAGUAGACAUGAAACAUUUCACGUUUAUUUAUUUAUGUCUGAAACUAUUUUGUAAUAUAAUAUUCUUAAAACUAAACCACGAAAAGAAUAGAAAAAUGUUUCAUCGCUAAAUGAAAGAUCUUUACUAAAAGGAUCGCCUUUUCGUCCAUAUUAAAUAAUAUGGUAUUGUUAAAAUUCAUUUAUAUACAGAAGUAAGUUUCUAAAAUAUUUACCAGAUAUCUUUAGUGAAGCAAGAAAAACCAUAAAAUUUUUUAAAUACAUACUUACUUUAUAGGUGAAAUUCUGACCUGAAUUUCGAUGUCGAUUAUUCUUGUAAUAACUGCAUCAGUGGAAAAUCAAGUAGCAUGCAAAUAUCUUUUCAGAGUUUUUAACAGAGAAGAUAAUUUAUAUCACUAUACCGCAUUGGUAGUAUGCUAUAUAAUUAAAAAAGGGAGCGAUUGUAUCAAUCGUUAAGAUUCAGGCAAUAUAUUAAGCAUCUGUUAAUGGUUUAAAAAAGUAUGCCACGAAUAUGUUAAUGGAUCAUGUGUGAUGUAAUUACACGGAUUAACGUGCUUAAAACAGAGCAAUUGCUAAUUUUUUCUAUUGUCAUAGAAGCUAUAUAUUAUAAUAAACCAAUGACGGAUAUUAAUUGGUUCAGUAUGUUUACAACUAAUACAUUCGUAGAAUUUUGCAAAUUCCGAUACAUAGGUUAAUGCGUUAACAGUCUCCAAAUGUAUACUGAUAAACAUCAUAUAUAUUUCAGAUUUAUAAUCACGUGUCUCUUUUUAUCUUUCCCUAUUAAUAAUGAUAAAUUAAAUGUGCAAGAAGUACAUAAUUAUAAAUUAUGCGAUAAUCAAUCGACUUUUUGUAAAAAUUCUACAUAUAUCGACGUACAUAUGACAAUUUAAGUAAGAAAUAAUAUUUUUGCAUUUGCAUUUCAAGCUUUUAAUUUAAUUACUGAGAGUACCUGACUUAAAAGUAGUUUUUCAAUGUAAUAUAUGGUUAACACAUUAUGAGUCGUUUACAUUACAAUACAAUAAACAACUGAGAAUUUUAUAUGUCUACUUUAUUCGUAAUAUUAACUUGAAAGAGAAUGAGUACUACUACGUAUUCUAAAUUUUUCCAAAUCCCAUUAAAAUAUUACGAAUAAUAAAAACUUAAUAAAAGAAUUACACGAUACUACAAAUGUGUAAUUUCGAUCAUGAUAUUUUGAAAUUUUUUAAUUCAAAAGAAUUUAUAAAAAAAUGCGAUCAUAAUGUGAUAACAGUAACAGUUUCCAAAUUAAAAACUUAUCUUCACGACAUCAGUCAUUUAAAAUGUAAGUGUAACGACUGUUGUAAUAAUAUUUAUUUGCGCAAUAAAAAUUAAAUUAAUAGCUAUUAAAAACCUAUAUUAGGGAUUAUGGAAAAUAUUACCUUUUGAAAAUGUGCAUUCUUAAGAAAAUCUUUUGCAUACCGCACUUUAAGGCUGAGUUUAUUAUAAUAAGCUUGGCAUAGGAUAAAUUUCACAAAGAAGUUCAGUUUUUCAUCAGAUUUCAAUUUUUACGAAUAACUCAUAUGAGACUAU